ACGGUAGAUUGGGAAGACCGACAGCUUCCGAUCUGCUCAUCCUUAACCUUCUCCGUCACCACCUCGCCAGCCUCGCUCAGUUGAAUGUGCUCAUCUUCAUCCCAUCUUAAAAACUAGUCCCAAGUUUCUGCACUCUGACCUCAUUCAUCAUAACGACUGAAAACUAGACGGAUUUGGACCAGAUGAAGUCCGUUACUACAAGGCCGCUGCUUGCAGCGCUAACUGGCGCCGCGGUUCUGGGACUGCUCGUUCCGACUGUCCUUGCGCACGGCGGCGAUGACGGCGGCCAUAGCGGUCACGGGGGCAUGGAAAUGACUGAUGCCGACAAGCCCCGGCCCGAGGAAGAGUACCCUCUCACAUACUUUGCGCAUCCCGAUCACAAGACCGCCAUCUACGCACACAUCGCCCUGAUGGUUCUUGCCUGGGUUUUCAUGCUCCCAGUUGGUGUCAUGCUCUCUAUUGCCCGUUCGCGGUAUAGGCUUUUGGCGCAAUUCGCUUUUCUCGUGACCAAUGCAGGCGGCAUGCUCGUUGGAAUCGUCUACAAUGCCAGCACACCGGAUCUGUAUCCUAACAAUGCCCACCACAAGCUCGGAUGGGUUGUCACCUGGCUCGUAGGGGCCCAGUUCGCCAUUGGCCUUUUGGCGAGUGUUGCAGGCGUCUUCAAGAAGCAGCAAUCCGACGGCAACAGCAGGGAGCGCCAGGGCUUCAUGCCCGUCUCGACCCAGGCCAUGGAAGAGCACAACAGCCACAUCAAGCCCGCCAAUAAUGACGCUUACCGAUUCUCCAACGACAGCGGCCAGGGAACCGAGCUUUCCAGCGAUGCCCCGCGGAGUCCCUCCCUUUCGUCUAGCUCCGGUGACGUUUCUCGACAGCCCCUCGCUCUCCAAGAUGUCAACCUGCAUACCAAGGAAUAUGAUGACGGCGAUGACUCGUACGAUGUCAACUCCCACAGCGGCAGCGAGCCUCUUGGACCCAUCCUUCCUGCUUCCGGCAAGGCCGUCUCUACCAUUAAAAAGAUUGCCGAUAAGAUUUCUGGGAAAUUCUGGAAGGUUUUGAUCCUAGCGUACAAUGUGGUUGACCGGGCUAUUUUGCCCCUGGGUUUCGUUGCGUUGUGCACCGGUAUCGUGACUUAUGGUCGUUUUUUUGAGGGCUCCGGUAUCUUCUCUGGUCUCGCUCACUGGAUUAAGGGCGGCAUCUUCUUCUGGCUGGGUAUUUUCACCCUUGGCCGUUGGGCCGGCUGCUUCGGUGAAGUUGGUUGGGCUUGGAACGUGCGCCCCAAGCAGGCAGGCCAGAAAUGGCGACCCUCUGCCGAGUUUGUCGAAAGUGCCUUGAUCUUCACCUACGGCGCCACCAACGUCUUCCUGGAGCAUCUCGGCAACUGGGGCGGCGCAUGGUCGGCUCAGGAUCUUGAGCACUUCUCCAUCACCAUUCUCUUCAUUGGAGGUGGCCUGUGCGGCAUGCUCAUCGAAUCUGUUCGCAUCCGCGACCUGCUCAACACCACCGUCACCGAGGAACCCCGCCAGCAGCAUCACUUCCAUGACGCGGAAGUCGAAGACUCCGAGAGACGCGAGCCUGAAACCUACUCCUUCAGCAUGAACCCCAUCCCUGCCUUAGUCAUCCUCCUCCUCGGCAUCAUGAUGUCCUCGCACACCCAAGACAGCAUGAUCUCCAGCAUGGUGCACAAGCAGUGGGGCAAUCUGCUUACCGGCGCCUCCUUCGCGCGCGGUUUUACGUAUGUAAUCACCUACCUGAAGCCGCCCCGGUCCGUGUACCCUUCGCGCCCGCCGACGGAGCUCCUCACGGCCUUUGGGUUGAUCAGCGGCGGCAUCAUCUUUAUGGCUAGCGCGGGCGACACCGUCAGCGGCAUGAUCCAUUACCAGCUUGAUGCCAUGUUCACGUACACCGUCACCAUGGGCCUGGUUGGGCUGCUGAUGGCGUGGGUCAUUCUGUGUAUUGCGCUCAAGGGAUGGGCGGUUCGCCAAGAGGCGGGGCGGUAUCGUUGAAAGGGGCUUGUCCAAGCUCGUUUCAUGCGACACAAAAUUCUCCUUUUCCGAGAACAUCGCUCGCGCACUCUACUUCAAUGCGGUGCGAUAUACAACCUUGCAAGUAGGGUGAAUCAACCAGACCAUGGGGACUUUUUUGGUUCUUCCC